UCCCACCCUGGGAGUCACCUGUCCGGGCUUCCAGCCCGCUCAGCCCCGCACUUGCGCACUGCGAGCCGCCCAGCAAUAGAGUCACGUGUUGGGAGAGCGCCGUGCCCCUCGCGGGCGCUUCCUGUCGCCACAGCCGCCACUGUCGCCCGGUGCUGGGAGGGAGCAGGCCGAGAUUUGGUUCGGAUCCGCCGCUAGGUGGCACUGUUGAGGACAGGGCUUAUAGGAUCCUCCAUUCUCUUCGGCCCUCCACCAGGUAGGCUGUGAAGAUGCCAGGGCCAAGACCUCGGAAGGGCCCUCAAGCAAGUGGCCAGGGUGUGGCAGCUGCCAAGCAGCUGGGGCUCUUUGUGGAGUUCAGCCCUGAAGACAUGCUGCUGGGGGUGGACGAGACUGAAAGUGAUGAGGAUCUGGAGGCUGAGCUGCUGGCCCUCACCGGGGAAGCAGGAACCGCAGGCGGGAAACCGGCACCCAAGGGGCAGGCCCCCCUGCCCAUGGCCCACAUUGAGAAGUUGGCGGCGGACUGUAUGCAGGACGUGGAGGAGGAGGAGGAAGAGGAGGAGGAAGGGCUGGAGGAAGAUGCAGACCUGCUGACUGAGCUGCAGGAGGUCCUGGGUGUGGAUGAGGAGGCUGGGCCCCUGGACGGCGAGGAGGCACCUGGCCCUGGCGUCUCUGAGGAAGAGCAGGGACAGGAAAACAUUGAACCUCCAGCACAGGCAGCCGCCCUAACAGCUUCAGCCUCAGUGGUGCAGGCUGGAGAGCCCCGGCUGCAGGUUUUGCUGGAGGAGCGGAUUCGCAACUACCGGGAGGCUGCAGCCAGUGCCAAGGAGGCAAGUGAAGCUGCCAAAGCCAGGCGCUGUGAGCGUGGCCUGAAGACUCUGGAGUCCCAGCUAGCGGCUGUGAGGAAAGGCAGGAACAUCAAUGAGGAUGAGAUCCCACCACCAGUGGCCUUAGGCAAGAGGCCCCUGGGUCCCCAGGAAGUAGCCAACAGGAGCCCUACAGCAGAGACCCCAGCACCUCCUGCCAUGGAGCCAGACAACCUCUCCCAACCUGAGACAAGCCUCCCAGGCAGCCCGGGCAUUUCUGCCCCGUCUGAUUCAGACCCAGACCCGCGAGCCCUGUUGUCAUCCCGACAGAGAGAGUACAAAGUGGCUGCCCUCAGGGCCAAGCAGGCUGGAGAUCUGGACCGUGCUCGAGAGCUCAUGAGGAUUGGGAAGAGAUGUGGUGCUGUCCUAGAGGCCCUGGAGAAGGGACAGCCUGUGGACCUGAGUGCCAUGCCCCCAGCACCUGAGGGUCUGAAGCCCCCCCAACACACAUCUCAGGCCCCCACAGCACCAUCACUCAUUCCACCAGCUGUGGAGCAGGUGCAGCCAGUGAUGGCCUGUGACGUCCCAGCAACCCCAGUGGCUCCUGCUGAGCCGCAGACUGUGCUGGACGCCCUUCAGCAGAGGCUCAGCAAGUACCGUGAGGCAGGGCUGCAGGCCCGGGGCAGCGGGGACGAGCGCAAGGCCCGGAUGCACGAGCGCAUCGCCAAGCAAUACCAGGACGCUAUUCGAGCGCACCGAGCAGGUCGGAAAGUUGACUUUGCUGAGUUGCCUGUUCCUCCAGGAUUUCCCCCCAUCCCUGGCCUGGAGCCCGCAGUAGGCACUGAGGAGGAUGCGGUGGCGGCAACUCUGGCCGCUGCCCAGAAACUGGCUGCCUCAGAGGAUACAGGCCCAGCAGAUGAGGACGAGGACAAGGCUGAGCCGCCAGCACAGGCCCCAGCGGCCAAGAAGCCAGCACGGCCUCUGGUCCCUUCAAGCCAGCCUCUGUCUGAGCCCAAGGCCUCAAGUUCUAAAGAGUCACUAAGUCCAUCUGUACGGGAACAGCUGGCACUGCUAGAAGCACGGAAGCUGCAGUACCAGCGGGCAGCCCUGAAGGCCAAGCGGAGCCAGGACCUGGAGCAGGCCAAAGCCCACCUUCGGGUGGCCAAGUGUCUUGAGGCUCAGAUCAUCCAGGCUCGAGCCGGCCGCCCUGUUGAUCUCUCCAAGGUGCCUUCACCCUUGACGGAUGAGGAGGGUGACUUCAUCCUCAUCCACCACGAGGACCUGCGACUCUCCCAGAAGGCUGAAGAGGUGUAUGCCCAGCUGCAGAAAAUGCUUCUGGAGCAACAAGAGAAAUGCCUGCUGUUCUCCAAGCAGUUCAUGCACCAGGGCAAUGUGGCUGAAACUACCCGGUUUGAGAAGCUCGCUCAGGAACGGAAGAAACAGCUCGAGAUACUGCGGCUGGCCCAGGCCCAGGGCCUCGACCCUCCCAGCCACCACUUUGAGCUGAAGACAUUCCAGACUGUGAGGAUCUUCUCUGAACUCAACAGCACAGAAAUGCAUCUGAUUAUUGUCCGGGGAAUGAACCUCCCAGCCCCUCCAGGGGUGACCCCUGAUGACUUGGAUGCUUUUGUUCGUUUUGAGUUUCACUACCCUAACUCGGACCAAGCUCAAAAAAGCAAAACAGCUGUGGUAAAGAACACAAACUCUCCAGAAUUUGAUCAGCUCUUCAAACUGAACAUCAACCGAAACCACCGGGGCUUCAGGAGGGUGAUCCAAAGCAAAGGAAUCAAGUUUGAAAUCUUCCACAAAGGAUCCUUCUUCAGAAGUGACAAGCUGGUUGGCACAGCACACCUGAAACUGGAGCGGCUGGAGAAUGAAUGUGAAAUCAGAGAGAUCGUGGAGGUCCUGGAUGGAAGGAAGCCCACCGGAGGGAAGCUGGAGGUGAAGGUGAGGUUACGGGAGCCUCUGAGUGGCCAGGACGUGCAGGUGGUCACUGAGAACUGGCUGGUGCUGGAGCCCAGGGGCAUGUGAGACUGACUGCCUGUGCUUUGCACCGCUGAGCAGCAGAUGGUCAGCACUGGGAGAAGCAGCCAGCAACUGUGUGCAGGAGCUUGCUUGUCCCACUUUGCUGCCUUCGAAAGCCUUCGUACAUAAGAGACACUGCUACAUGAGCACCAAAGACCUGUUGAGCACGUGCACUAAUGACCUCGACCCUGGUCUUUCCUGUUACACAGAAACAGGCUGGCCUCUAGGAGCCCCUUUCCCCCUGAUCCCCCUAAUCUGGAUGAAGGCAAGGAUACCCUCCUUGCUCCAUGCCAUGGAGUCCUGCAGCCCUUUAACUCCCAUGUAGCAACUGUGCAGCCUACCCUGUCCCCCGUUGUACCGUUUCUGGAUGUGCCUUUAAAAGCUAACUAUAAGGGAUGGGAGAACUCGGGGGUGAUCGGAACCUCCCCUGCUUAGGGCAGGGCAGGGUUCCGUGACUCCAGUGGGUCAGUGGCAGCCUGUCCCAGACCGCUCCUUACCCCGCUCUGCCUUGCCUGUGCCUUUGUUCCUGACAGCUGCUGCACUAGCCUUCCUGCUUCCCAGAGGACUUAGGGGAAGAGGAAAGUUAUUUUUGGUACUACUUGAUGGGAAGUAAGGGGAAGGUCAUAUCUUGGGUUUGGUCCAAACACCUAAGAUAAAAGACUGUUAACUUGAAGAGAA